AUUACCAGCCGAACAUUUUCGAAUUAACAUUAUUUAGUAUACUAAAAGAAAUGGCUCAAUCAACGGUCGAUAAUCCGUAUAACUCAGAUCAAACAUUAGUGUUUAUGGCCGAAGCAAUCCGCGAAGCUCGUGAUGGCCUAGCUGAAGGAGGUGUACCAAUUGGAUGUGUUAUUGUUCGGAAUGGUCAAGUGGUCGCUCGGGGACACAAUCGUCGGAUUCAACGUGAUUCCGUAAUUUUACAUGCUGAAAUGGAUUGUAUAGAAAACGCAGGGCGACAAAUUCCGUCAUUUUAUAAGGAAUGUACAAUUUUUACGACACUAUCUCCAUGUGCGAUGUGUUCCGGAGCUAUUCGAUUGUAUGGCAUUCCUCGGGUCGUAAUUGGCGAAAAUCAAAAUUUUCGUGGCGACGAGACCUUACUUAGAGAGAAUGAUGUACAAGUUGAUGUACUCAAUUCGAUAGAAUGUCAAGAUCUGCUGGCCGACUACAUAGAGAAGAAUCGUUCCACUUGGUAUGAAGAUAUCGGACGGAGUGGAAAUUGAGAUUUUUUUUUGUUAUAAAAAUAAAAAAUUCGAU